AUGAAAGUUGAAGUAAUUUAUUUCAAGGUCGCCAAACAAACGAUAAACAGAAUCCUCGCCAUCCCGCAAAAAUUCGCCGUGCACAGAAAUCGGAGUCUCAGCUUAUUCUGUGCGGGCUCUGCUCCACGUCCAUGUGUGUGUGUGGUGCCGGCCGGGGCAAUAGUUGAAACCGCGGCUGGAGACAGUGAGAGACGAGGCGGCGGCUCCGGACUUGUCAUCCAGCGGGAGGCGAUGGCGAUGGGGAUGAAGGAUGAGCGCGGUGGAGGAGCAGGAGGAGGGAGAGUCGAUGCCCCGCACCCCAGCUGUGACCCCGACCCCCGGCAUCUCCAGCUGCCCGAGGAGCCGUGGGAAGAAGAUCCCGGCUCCGACAGCCAGGACCAGCACGACACAUACAGCCUCCUGUCGGACGAUUCAUUCUACCCUCCGGAUCUACUCCCCCUGAGCGGCGACACCAGGGGUGAGAGCGAGGAAGCGCUCACCGUCUACCGGGCUUGUUCCACCAGCAACGCUAUCGGACUCAAGGAGCUGCUGUGCGGGGACCUGGGCGAGCAGGAGGUGAUGGAGAGGGACAGGAAUGGCAGGACGGGGCUGAUCGUGGCUUGUUACCAGGGAUUCAUGGAUAUUGUGUUCAUCUUGGCCCAGUGCCCACACCUUGAUGUCAACUGGCAAGACAAGGAAGGAAAUACAGCUCUGACCAUCGCUGCACAAGCUGGGCACAUCACGAUCACAAAUUAUUUGCUGAACUAUUAUCCUGGAAUUGACAUUGAGAGGAGGAAUGUCCAUGGGUUCACUGCGUUGAUGAAAGCAGGAAUGCAAGGAAGAACAGACUGUGUCAGAGCCCUGAUGCUGGCAGGUGCUGAUAUGAACGCGACAGAUCCAGGGAAGGGGUUUACUCCACAACAAUGGGCACAGUUUACUGGGCGGUAUGAAACAAUCUUUCUCAUGCACAAGCUCCUGGCCCAGCCCUGCCCUGUCCAAUUCAGUGACAACUAUAGACCUGAGUGGCCAAGACUGAAGGAACUUGUAGCCAAAGCGAACGAGCCCAGGAACUGUUUGGAGAAAAUCUGCGAAACACUCAGGUCGGCUUUGACCAUCAACUUUCCCCGCGAUCCAGAGGUGGAUGGACCACUUGACCACAUGGUGAGGAUGACUACGGCCAUCACCAGCCCCUUUGUAGCGACUGGUUGCAGGACUGUCUGCCCAGGCAGCCCCCCUUGCGUGGGGAAGAAAAGGUUCACAGUCCAGGAGAUACUGAAGCUGCAAGAGUCUCAGGGAACUAAACCACCCAACAAGGAUUAUGUUAAAUACCAAAAACUGUUUCAGAACUCGCAACUUGUCGUGGUCCCAAGGAAGGAGGAGAGGAGAGCGAGCCUGCAGCCGCUGAGGUCUACCUCUGCUCAGUCCACAGUUGUCUCCUCUCGCAGGGGUAGUCUCAUGCCCUUGAGCAUGCUGCGGUGGAGCAGUGUGCAGCCGGGCAUCGUGGUGCCCAAGGUGCGGGUGUACAAAGCUCCCACCCCCACCUACAACCCGGACAGGGUGCGCAGGAAGAGCAGCGCCAAGGGCAGCAACCUCCUGGAGCUGCCCGUGUGGAGGUACAAGGAGCUGAAGGACGAGCGGAAGAAAGCGGAGGAGGAGGAGAAGAGGAAAGCAAAAGAAGCGGAGAAAGAGAGAACACACAAAACUAUCACUGAAGCGCAAGUCGUCGGGUUAAGAAAGCAGAUUGGUUAAAAUGGGAUCGGAGCAAAACCAUGAAAAAGCUGGAAUCUUGCAUAUUUCUCUGGCCAAACGGGAAAUAUUAUGAACCGACAGUCCUGUGAGGUUUGUGUGGGCCUGGUCUUACUUGCAGAUUCACAGCAUUAGCAGUUGAAUGCAAUGGGUAGUUCAAAUGAUGGUGCAAGUUGUAUCAUUUUAGUGCGACGGGACAUGGCUGAGCAUUCCCUGCUCACUUAGCAUGUCUGAUCUUUCAUUCAUGCAAUCUACCCUAGUUCAAAAUGUCAGAGGCAGAAUAACUUGCGUCUUUCUCAUGAAAAUAAUUUUGAACCUGCAUUUAUCAUUUUGUUUCUCUGUUAUAGAUCAUGUGGUUCUGUUUUAAUUUGGACGGGUGCCAAAACACCGGGCAUUUGUAUCUGUAGGGUAUCCUUGCAUAGAAGGAGCUUAGACCAUAUUUACCUCAAGCACCCGAAAACAUUGAUCAUCACGACUUUAAUAGGGCAGAGGUCUGGGCUUUCAAUGGAAGUCCAGUCAUUAUACUAUAAGAGCCACGACAUGCUCCAAAACAUACUGGAAUCUGGUGUUUAAUUUACCAGUGGGUAUUUUACAUACGAACAGUGGAUUUGUUUUUUGAUGGUGAUGCUACUGGAAAGAGUAACCAUGAUCACACGAUCUUUGAAGGACAUUGAAGGACUACGCAGCAAACUAGUGAACCACACGAAGACGUUCUUUGUAUCUGAAACUGGCAGAAUGCGAUGGGAUAACUGCAUGGAAACCAGCUGCAAUUAUCUAUAUUUGACAAUUCACACUUUUCUAAAAAAAAAACUCUUCAUUGUACCUAUAGUGAAAUCUACCUCUCUUGUCUCAAUAGUAUCCUAUUGUCAGCUGCUGCUGAAGGGCUCAUCCUUUUACUGAUCCUCUCUGUAUUCACUGUGCUCAGUUCACCCAAUGAAAAGGCAGUUUUGGAGAAUUUGAUAUCUGAUUCUUCUUCAAAGUUAGGCCUACAACAACUAAAAUGACUUCUCUGAAGAGUUGGGGGAUGUUAUGUGUGCCGUAUUGAGUAAAGUCGCAGUUAUUUUUUGGAGAGGGAAGUAUGGCAACCUUAUGUUUAAGAAGGAACUGCAGAUGCUGGAAAAGGGAAUGUAGACA